AUGAAGAAUCAAGAGUUGAUAGAUGUGGUGUUCACUUGGUCUAUUGAUGAUGUACUCAAUAGAGAUCUUAUCAGGAACAAGGUUACCAAAAUCCCACAGAAAUUUUCAUCCUUAACCGAUUACACCAAAUCGUUCAUCGAUCCACUACUCGAAGAAACCCAUGCGCAGUUACUGUCCAGUAUGAACAUCAUCUCUAGAGCAUCUACUCGUGAGAUCAAGGUUAGAUCGGAAACAAAAAAUAUGAAGUUCCCUAAUUACCACUCGUAUAGCAUAUCUUUGGAAAACAAGAGUAGAGGUGGAAAUUAUGAGCCUGAGGUGGGAGAUCUCAUUGUGUUGACAAAUGUAAAACCAAGAUGCAUUGAUGACCUCAAGCCUUAUGUCAUUGCUUUGGUCCAAUUUGUCAAUAAUGAAGAUCAUGGCACAUGCCAAGUUAUAUCGUCAAAGCCCAUACCGCUUUCUGGGGAACAAACACAUAAAUUCAUGCUGUUUGCAGUUCAUCUUAUGAACUUGACAACGAAUACGCGUAUCUGGCAAGCUUUGCACCCUAGUUUGGAUGGGAAUAAGAACAUGAAAAUGAUCAAUAAAGUGCUUCAAACUGACUCAGUGGGUAAUGAUAGAUGUACAAUCUGUACCAUUAAAGAUACUAAGAAAUCUGUUUCUCAGAACUUGCAAACAGCCAUGUGCAAUUUUAAAUUGAAUUCAUCCCAAGAAACCGCAGUCUGGAGUUGCAUUACUGCUAGAAAAUGCCGUCAUCAGGAGACUGUAAACCUCAUAUGGGGUCCACCCGGGACAGGAAAAACAAAGACCACCGGUUGUCUUUUAUUCGCUCUAUGGGAACUGAAAUGUUGCACAUUAACUUGUGCUUCGACAAAUAAUGCUGUGUUAGAAGUUACAAAACGUUUCAUGAGUCUUGUAACAGGUUCACUCAAGUAUGCCCCUUAUGGUUAUGGAGACAUAGUUAUAUUUGGGAAUGGUAAACGAAUGAAAAUCGAUGAUUUUCAAGAACUCAGUCAAGUGUUUCUUGAAAGCCGCAUAUCUGCUCUUGCUGCAUCUUUGUCUCCAACUUCUGGUUGGAGAAGCAAGGCAGAAUCAAUGAAACGUUUGCUGAAAUCCCCGAAAGAUGAAUACAAUUUGUACUUACGCGAGUUUGAAACCAGGGAUGUUAGGAAGGAAAAGAAAAACUGA